AUGAGGGUUGGGACUCUGCUUCCCCAGGGUGACCAGGGCAAACAGUAUCAGCAGAGUUGUUUGGCCUCAGAACUGUCUUUCAUUUUGGAACCAAGUGAUGUGAUCGCAGUAAGGGAUCAACCGCUCAUGCUGGAUUGCCAGGUGCAAGGCGAGCAACCGAUUACAAUCACAUGGCGUAAAAAUGGGUUGCCCUUACCCUUCAGCCCACGAGUCCAGGUACUGGAAAAUGGAACACUGUUAAUCCAUAGAUUCCAGAAACGCAGAGAGGGGACUGAUGCAGACAUGGGCGAGUAUGACUGUGCUGCACAAAAUCGUUAUGGCUUGCUAGUGAGCCGCAAGGCCAAGGUUCAUUUGGCGUCUCUUCCAAAGUUCCACACUCAUCCAGUAUCCAUGUCUGUGAAUGAAGGAGGAGUUGCUCGCUUCCAGUGUCAAAUAAAUGGUAUUCCUGAGGCUACCAUAACAUGGGAAAAAGAUAAAGAACCACUGAACACUUCUGACAGCAGGUACACUCUUCUUCCAAUGGGUAUCCUACAAGUAACAGGUGUAAGGAGGGCAGACACAGGGAUUUUUCGCUGUGUGGCCACCAAUAUUGCAAACACUCGUUACAGUCAUGAGGCCACACUCAAUGUUACGGGUGGAGCUCCUAGAAUCUAUAAGGAGCCAGUCAUCCUGUCUGGGCCCCAGAAUCUUACCAUCACUGUCCAUCAGACUGCUAUUUUGGAGUGCAUCGCCACAGGAAACCCUCGGCCCAUCGUUUCUUGGAGCAGGCUAGAUGGACGUUCUAUUGGAGUGGAGGGUAUACAGGUACUCGGGACGGGCAACCUGAUGAUCUCAGAUGUGACCCUCCAGCACUCUGGUGUUUAUGUGUGUGCUGCCAAUCGGCCUGGUACCAGAAUGAGACGCACAGCACUGGGACGCCUGGUGGUACAAGCUCCACCUGAGUUCCUGCAAUGGCCACAGUCAGUGUCCAGACCAGCAGGGGGCAGUGCUGUAUUUACUUGUGUUGCUCAGGGUGUCCCUGAUCCCCACCUAAUUUGGCUUAAGAAUGGCAAAGUCUUGAUGCCAGGACAAACUGUCAAGCUGACAAAUAACAACAGUACUUUAGCUCUGACUCGUAUAAGCUCAGAUGAUGAGGCUAUCUACCAGUGCAUCGCAGAGAAUAGUGCUGGUACUAACCAGGCAAGUGCUCGUCUAGCUGUGGCCCAAGCGAAAGAUCUGCCUGCUGCCCCCCAAGGCCUCAUGGCGAGUGCUUUGUCCAUCAACACCCUGCAAAUGACAUGGAGUCCUCCGCCCAUCAGCAUCGCUGAUAGCAUCAUCGGAUAUGUUUUACAUAUCCGCAAACUGGGCGAACCUGAUCAUAUGGAACUGCAGGAGGCCAUAAGUAAGGACACUUUUCAGCACGAUGUAACCAACCUGCAACCUAGCACAACCUACUCUCUCUACCUGAAAGCCUACUCUUCCUUGGGGGCAAGCCAGCAGUCCAACAGUGUUAUUAAAACAACACUUGGCAGUGUCCCAACCCCACCCAUCUGCUUUACCAAGGUACUUAACUCCACCACUGUGCAAGUCCUCUGGGAGCUACCUGCUAAGCCGGGCAAAGUUGAGGGCUUCAAAUUGACAUUUCGCAGAAUUCCCCUCACUGACUACCAUGAGCCAAUUAAACUGCCUUUUCAUGCCAGUGCUCACACCAUAUCAAACCUUGAACCUAGAGCUGUGUAUGAAAUUAAACUGGUGGCCUACAAUGGAAAUGGAGAAAGUGACUCCUCCAAGCGGCUGGUGUCGCUAGCAGGGCAAGGCAUGAGUGACCAAAUCAAUGGUGGAAAAAGAUUAUGUCAGUGCAGGGAUGCUGAAGCCUCUCUGGGCAGCGUCGUCAUUGGGAUUCAUAUUGGCACGGCCUGCAUAAUCUUUUGUGUCCUCUUUCUUAUAUUUGGAUACCGUCGCAGCUUGUUCUGCAGUGAAGGGACUCAGGUCAACUGGCCCAUACCAAGAUUCCAUGCAGGACAGAACAACAUCCCUAAAGGGGGAACUCACUACCCCCAGAUGGAGUCUGAAGCUCAGAUGGUCCAUCCUCCACGUUGCCAAGUUAUAAUCGAACAGAAUCCGACAGGUGUUUCUGGCAUGGGAACUGGCUGACAUUAGUCAAUAUUGCCACUUCACCCUCAUUCAUUUUCUCCACUACAAUUCUUUCAAGUCCAGUUGAAAAUUGGUAUAUUAUCCAAACCCUUCAACUAUUUAUGUGCUCAUUUGUAGACUAGGAUAUAUCCUGGUCAUUUAUAAGCCUGAAGCCAAUCUCUACCCCUACCUCAGACCAAAGCUUAUUGCCCUUAUUGUUGUGCGGUUGCACAUGAGCUUCAUUCUCUAUUAACUUGCCUGUGUGCUGAGAAAUUACUGUUUCUCCUGAUAAUGACUUAUGACAGAAUUUAUUUUGUAUUUACACCAAAGACAUGUCACUUUUUCACUAGGAGUCUGCUUCAUAACCAAAAUAUUCUAUUCUACUGAUCUUUGGUGAAAAACUGGCAUGUCACAAUGUGUACUACAGUUUAAAACCCCAAACUGAAACCAAAUUUUAUUAUAUGACUGAGAAGAUAUGAUGUAUGUUGUGACAACUUUCCCUUCUAAUCUAAAAGCAAGAAAAACAGUGGCCUCUGGAAACUUUUUGUUGUGAGGUAUGAUUGAUUAGAAAAUAGUCUCAUUAGUUUAAAAGCCAUUUAGUAAAAAAAAAAAAUCUCACUAGGAAAGUGUUUCCUGAUUUGUUUGACCCCAAAAUAGGGUUAAAAGUAUUUUAAGAUUUUGUCCAAAGAAAACAACGUAAUUCUGACACAAUAUGUAUCUCAGCAAUGCUAAGUCUGUUAGCUAUCCUACCAAAUAAAGCUAGUAAUUGGCAUUUCUUUUUAACCAAUGCCAGUUAUGUGCCAUGCCAGUCAGUGACCUAUCCUGUCCAGAGAGGAUGAAUACCAUGGGAACCAUAUUGUGUCUGUUGGAGUGCUUCCCAAAAAAGCGAAAAGCCUUGUUGCACCAGAUGCUCACCUUUGCAACCUCUUGGAUGGUAAGGCAUCCAAGAGGUUGGCAAGUUAUUUACUUUAACUUGCCUUACUCUUUUUCUGCAAAAGGCAUCAGAAACUGUUCCAUGUCAUGGAAAACAUGGAUUACCAAUAAUGCUCUGAGAUACUUUGGAAACAACAAUAGUUUUCCAUUAAUGUUUAUAUCUGGCAAAUUGUUUUUCCUGACAUCACACAAUCUACUCCAAACUUCAGAGACAGAGUGUGUACCUCAAGAAGUUUUAAGGUGAAAUCUACCAGAAUGCAUGAACAAAGACUGUCACCAGGAAAGCCUUUCCAAAAGGAGCUAUGAAAAGUUGAAUUGUAUCCAAAGAUGUAAACAUUAGAUUAGUUUUCUACUUGUGUCUAUGAAUUCUCCAAUAUAUACAGUAUAUAUACAUUUUGUUUUCAGUUUUAGGUUGUUUAUGUUUGAUUG